AUGUCGCAAAUGAAGAAACGAAUUUGUUUAGCGGUUGAAAUAAAGAAGAAGAUUUUAAAAGAAGUUGACGAAAAAAUGUUAAGCAAGACACAAAUUGCUCAGAAAUAUGGAAUUCCUAAAAAUAGUUUAUCGACGAUUUUAAAGGCAAGAGAGAAGAUCUUUGCAGCUAAAAACGGAAACGAUGAAUGUGGACCCUCCUCUCGAAAAUAUUUUCGAGAAUCAAAACACCCAAAUUUGGAAAGAGCUUUGCUUGUUUGGUUUCGAAAGAUGAGAAGCUUAAACAUUCCAAUUGAUGGAAAUGUACUUAAAGAACAAGCACACUUUUUUGCUUCCAAAUUAAACAUCAAGGAUUUUAAAGCAUCGGAUGCUUGGUUACAGAAAUUUAAAUUUCGGAAUGGUUUGAGUUUCCGGAAAGUGUGUGGUGAAAGUGCAGCAGUAGACACGUCAUCAGCAAAUGAAUGGAAAGAAGAAAAGUUGAAAUUGAUUCUUUCUGAAUACGCUGCAGAUGACGUUUUUAAUGCGGACGAAACGGCUUUGUUUUUUAAGAUUUUGCCAGAAACAACAUUAGCUUACAAAGGAGAUAAAUGUGUUGGAGGUAAUAAAGCUAAAGAGAGAUUUACAGUUUUGAUUGCAGCCAACAUGACUGGGUCACAAAAAUUGCCUCUGCUCUUUAUUGGAAAAUAUCUGAAACCAAGGUGUUUCAAAAAUGUUCAGAAGAUUCCUGCUGCAUAUUAUGCUAAUAAUAAGGCCUGGAUGACUGGCAACAUCUACGAAAAAUGGUUGAGAGAUUUAGAUAACCGUUUUUCAGCAGAGAAGCGCAAAGUUCUCCUAAUCGUGGACAAUUGUACUGCACACAUGGAAGUCACUGGGCUUCAGGCAAUCCGUGUGGAAUAUCUCCCACCAAAUGCAACUGCAGUUUUACGGCCAAUGGAUCAGGGGAUAAUCAAUAGUUUCAAGCGAAAAUAUAAGACAGUGCUCUUGCAAAGAGUAAUCCUUGGCUUGGAAACAACCUUAUCAGAUUGA